UCACUACAAGCCUGACUUCAGCAGUGAGCACACUGCACUCGUGGAUUACUACCUUUCUUCACAGGAGGAAUUCAGUUUCGCUUCAGAGCAGCGCAAAGCCCCACAGACCACAGCACCAUGGGGAGCAGCAUGUCAUGUGUCCCCGAGCACAACUUCAGAUUCUCCAGCAAGAGUUUCAUACGCAGAAACAGCAGUCGACUGUUUCGCAAGAAGAAUCCCCAAGAGGGACAGGAGAAGUCUAACAGCAUCAUCAACAUCCUGUGCACUGUCACCCCCAGGAAGGAAAUGUCCCAUAAAGAUCUGCAGACGAUAGAGAACAUAAAAUGGGAUCCUCCCUAUGACCCGGCCAGUGGCUGGAAGAAAAGCAGCAUCAAUGUGAAGAAUUACGGACGGAUGAUUCACAGCUCCAAAGUUCGUUUCCGCUUCCUCCACUGCCAGGAUGUACAUGACUGCUACCUGGACCUCUUCCAGACACACCUUCACUUUGUCUCCAACAACCCCACUGGAUUGACAUACCAGGGAACUCUUCCAUUGAAAGAACUAACUAUCUGCAACCUGCAACAAAACUGCAACCACAGCCAACCCCAAGAAUUUGCCUUUCAAAUAAACGGUGUCAGUCUCAACCCGAUCAUUGUCUACUGUGCCAACCAAGAAGAAAUGGACCUAUGGUUUCAUAUGCUCAAAGAAAAUAUUGAGGCCAAUGGAGGCACUCCAAUUGCACCUGAAAACUACACUAGAAUGAAACUAAACCGGGACAAGACCCCUGAGGGCAGAGAGGAGCUGAGGAACUCCGUCAACAGAGAGCCCAUCUACGAGUGGGAGGGCUCACAGCGGGACAGCUUGGGGGCCAUCACCUAUGUCACUAAAGUGCGACUGCAGCACCUGCCCUGUCAGGAACAGAGUGACAGGCUGUUGGUAAUGUACCCAUCGACGCUGAUCAUCCUCUCAGAGGAGAAUGAUGGGCUCUUCUAUAAGGGAAAACUUCCUCUCAACAUGAUCACUGUGACCACACCCUGCCAAGACGUCAAGCCCAACACCUUUAUGAUUGAAGGGAAACUGAUCAACCCCAUAGUGGUGUCGUGUCUGGAUAGGACCGAGUUCUGCGACUGGAUCCAGCAUUUCAAAGCUGCUGAUGUGCCUGUUCUCUCCCCUCCGCCCCCCGUGUAUGACAUCAUCUACACCCCAACGCACAGAGAGACUCCACAGUUCGACAGAUGGAGUGGAAGCAGCCAAGGACAAACUGAGUUCAAGCGCACAUCGAGUGGACGUGGGUCCCGCAACCUUCAGUUACCCAGUCAUGAAGACAACCCUCUCUCUCCAGGAUAUUCUGAACCUCUCUGCUACAGCUCCAGUCGUCCCUCCUCGACUGAGACCGCCCGCCUGGGCAGCAGGACCAACAGCGUUUCUUCUCACAGCAGGCCAGAGCGUGACCUGCGACCUUUGUCACUGCGCUACUCCUCCCCCCAGCGCAGCUCCUACCUCCACCCCAUUGAGAGCGCAGUGUUGUCUCAGAUCUACAGCACGCCGUACUCUGCCCAUCGUGCCAGUCCACAGCGGAUGGAGAGAGCCCCGCUCGUCAAGUCUAACAGCUGGAGCACCCCUCAGACAUCCCUGGGCUACUCUCUAAACCCCCCCCAGCGCCACUCGGACAUGUGCGCCGCCCGACAACCGUUGUCACCCCUGUACGAUGAGCCCUGCAGCCCCGAAAUCUACUCCCUGGAUGAGGCCAGUGCAGUGCAGCAGAGCUGGCAAGAGCCAAUUCAGCAACACCACCUGCAGCAAAGCCCCCAUCUCCUACCCUCCACCUUCCAGCUCCGCACUCCUCCCAUGGGCAGGCGCUGCAGGAGAAGCCUGGUCCUGACCAACUCUCAGGGACAGACUCUGGGACUAGAGAUGGAGACUCCUCAAAGUCAAGCAGAGCAGAGAGCCGAGGCCGUGUCAAGGCUGAAGCUGCUGCCAGUGCCUGGCCAACUGCAAGAGCAGACUCACCUCCCAUUGAGCUCUGUAAGGAACACCCCUCAGAUGCCUUAUGGUUACUCACCAGAUCACCACUCGUACCUUGAACCCACAGAACCAGAUGACCAGGAAAUGGACUAUGACAACAUUUGGGAGUACGACUGUGAUACUGGAAUGAUUCAGCCAACGUCUGGAAUUUCGACACACCGGACAGGAUUAGACUUUGGGGCCAUAGGCCUUGGCGCCAUGGCAACCCAGCAGAAAUGGUCAUAAAACAAAACAAUAGCCCGGCACUCGUCUGGACGUGUGCAAACACCAGAUCUCUAUCAGAGAGAUAAUAAAAGCCAACAAGCACAGCCCUGUGUUGAUCCUCCUGCGCACAGUAUGAACCAACAAAUCCCAUGAACUGCGUUGUUACAUGCUGGGCAGCCAAGCAGAGGAAUUAUGAGUGCAGGUAUGGAGAGGAACGGGCUAAAAACAAAGCUUUAAAGAAGGUGAUAACUGACACAAUCAACUGUUUGAUAUGUAGCAUUCAAGUGAGAGGACAGUGGGGUGAACAUACUGUGUAGCUGUAAUGUUAUUUUAUUUUUUUUAUGUAUUUUAUAUUUGCACUAAAAGUUUCAUGUGUGCCUGAACUUUUUCUUUUUAAUAUUUAAAGUAUUUUCUAACAUGCUGUCCAGUUUUCUUGUUGUUAAUUUUCUUUUUUGUUUGUUUGUCAUUAGAGCUAUUAAAAGCAUUCCAUCAGGGCUUGUUAUAAAAUAAAGAAUGCAUAUUUUUGUAAAUGUUGUAGAUUUCUUAUUUUGUCAGGUCACAUUAUUGAGACAAAUAUGUACGGCUUCAACUGACUGCUUUAAAGGUAUAUUACUGUCACUACUGCAGUACUGACAACUGUGUGGCUUCAUUUUUUGUUUGAGGUGUUAAUUUAUAUUUGGAAAUAAAGCUGAAAAAUUAAACUA